UCAGGGUUAAUUUACCAAUACGAAAAUGGAAAUGAGGAAUAAAACUUUUUUCUUUCUCCCUCUUUUAAUUUACAGUUUUAGCAAAAUGGAGCCGCUUAACUACCACACCUCUCUUUUGUACCUGCAAAAUCUAAACCGUCCACUUUUCAGUAAACUCAAUCGUCGCCGUUCGUUAAUCAAGUAGCUUUAAACAAUCGAAACCAUAUCUCACCACACAAUGUAAAUCCGACGGCCAGUAUAUCGCCACGUAGCUAAAAUAAAAUAGCCUAGUAUAUAUAAUUUUUAUCAUUUUGCAAUCUAAAGAAGCCCUAGGAUUUUCCGUUUGUCACGGUAAAAAAAAAGAAAAAAAGAAAACAAAAUUAUAGAGAAAUUAAAAUAAAAAAAAUUCGAAAAAUCUAUCGAGGAUUCAAACCCUAGCCUACGAUAACACUCUUGAUUUUCAUGAUUCGGCGGAGAAAUUGAUUUUUUCUGAUACAUCGAUCAGAUCUAAAACAUGCAUGAUGGGUAAAUGUAAAAACUAAAAAGUGGGAGAUUGGGGUUUCCCUGUUUGCAUUGAGGGGUUGUUGAUGGAAAAUAGAGUAUUGAACUCUCAUGGAGCGGAAAUUCCUAAGAAAUCAAGAUCUUUGGAUCUUAAGAGUUUGUAUGAAUCUGGUGAUUCAAAGGAGUUUUUUAAAAAUAAGAGCUUGAAGAGGAAAGAAAGUUCACAAGAAGGUGAUGAUGAGAAGAGGAGUACUAUUAAUAACAAGAGAAAGAAGAGUAGGAAAGCUCUGCCUCUCAGUAGUUUUAGAACCAACCAUGAUAGUAGUAGUAGCAAGAGUUUAACUGAAGUUUAUGAUGGGGGUGUUUGUUCUGGGCUGCAUGGUCCAGAAAGCUUGAAGAAGUUUGGUUUGAGUCAAAAAUCAAAGAAUGGUUGCAGUGCUAAUGGCAUUUCACUUAGUUUGGGUGACAGUGGUACUAGUAUUCCCAGGCGUAAACGUGGGUUUGUGGGGCGAAACAAGUUUGAGAGUGGUCAAGUCUUGAAGCCGGAUGGGCGACCUAGUAGUGUAGUUGUUGGUGUUAGUGAGGAUGUGAAGUUAGCCAGUGAAGAUUCCAGCACUCAGAAUGUGUCUUUGAAGGUUGAAGAAGAGAAGCUUAUUGAUGAUUUUAAGGAAAGUAGAAGCAGUGAGCCAAGUUCAGUUCAGCAUUUGAAGGAAGAAGAUAGUGUUGCUGGUCACUCAGCUGUAAAUGAUGGUGAUUCUUCUUUAAAAAGAUCAAGAAGAAAGCCUAGGAAGAAGAAGGAUACAGUAAAAGGUGGCAAAUCUUUUGCUAAGAAGGUUGAGAGAUUAGUAGAUUCUUCUGUAAAGCCAUUUGGUGAUUUGCAAGAUGAUGAUGAAGAGAAUCUUGAAGAGAAUGCAGCGAGGAUGUUAUCAUCACGGUUUGACCCAAGUUGUACUGGCUUUUCUUUGAACAGCAAAGUCUCUUUAUCACCGUCUGAGAAUGGAUUAUCUUUUCUCUUAGCUUCUGGUCGGGAUGCUAGUUCUAGGUCUAAGAAAUUUUCUGGUUGUGAAUCUCCCUCUCUCGAUGCUUCUGGUAGGGUAUUGAGACCAAGGGAAAGACAUGGAGAGAAAGGCAAUUCAAGGAAAAGGCGCCACUUUUAUGAAAUUUUCUCUGGAGAUUUGGAUGCAAACUGGGUGUUAAAUAGAAAAAUUAAGGUGUUUUGGCCUUUGGACAAGAGUUGGUAUUAUGGCUUUGUCAAUGAUUAUGACAAAGAGAGAAAACUUCACCAUGUAAAAUAUGAUGACCGUGAUGAGGAAUGGGUAAAUUUACAAGAAGAGAGAUUUAAACUCCUGCUUUUUCCAAGUGAAGUUCCCAACAAAUCUGAGCCAAAAAGAUCUCAGGGUGAUGGGGACACUGGUGAUAGAAUCAGGAACAUGAAGCUCACCAAAGAGAACCGGAAGAGAAAUGCCAUGAAAGAAGAUGACAGUGGUAAUGGUAGCUAUAUGGAGUCAGAACCCAUCAUAUCCUGGUUGGCGCGCUCUAGCCGUCGUGUCAAAUCCCUACCUUUGCAUGCUGUGAAGAGACAGAAAACAUCUGCUUCUUGUAGUUUUCAUCGGCAACCAUUGUCUUGUGAUGAAGCUGUGGAUGAAAACGGUUGUCUUCACGGGGGUUCCUUGAAAGCAAGAAAAGUUAAAUUGUUUGGUUCCUCUGCACUGUCAGAUAGACCUGUUGAUGGUAGAAUCAUCGAGGAUUCUUCUUUGGGUAGUUGCCCUAAAGACGGUAAACAUCCUAUCGUUUAUUUUCGAAGGAGAUUUCGCAGGACAGAGAAAGUUUUGUGGCAGGCUUCUGAAAGCACUUGUGGUGCCAGCAUGGUGUCUAAACCUAUCACUUUUCUUGGCUCUGUUGAUGACUUUCGGGAUUUGGGAGAACUUAAUGUUUGUCUUGGACGGUUGGAUCCUGAAGGAGAUCUGUUGUUUACUGAUAAUGCAGGGCAGUUACAAUUAAAUAUUUCGCUAUUACAUUCGAAACAGUUCAGGUGUGGAUUGAGCUUCCCCAUGCUCUCUGUCAAUAAUUUAUUUGGAGUGAAAAGCUUUUGGCUAGUUCAUUCAUUGUUGCUGCUUCAGUGUGGUACGGUGAUGACUAUCUGGCCAAUUGUUCAUCUAGAGGUCCUUUUUGUUGAUAAUGAAGUUGGACUAAGGUUUCUCCUGUUUCAAGGAUCGUUGAAGGAAGCUGUAGCUUUUAUUUUCCAGGUCCUGAAGGUAUUUUAUCGAUCUGCUGAACAGGGGAAGUUUGCUGAUGUGCGGGUGCCUGUAACUUCGAUCAGGUUCAAAUUUUCUCUGACUCAAGAUUUUAGGAAGCAGAUUGUCUUUGCUUGUUGUUAUUUUCAUGAAGUGAAGCAUUUCAAAUGGAUGUUUUUGGAUUGUAAGCUGAAAAGAUAUUGUGUGCUCAAUAGGCAAUUACCUCUGUCUGAGUGCACUUAUGAUAACAUUAAGGCGCUUCAGAAUGGAACUAACCAGCUGUUUAGUUCUCCUUACAAAGGCUCCUCAUCGCUUGAGGGCUCAAGGAGAAGAUAUAGGCAGGGUCUCAGCCGUAUGGGUGUUUCCAGAGGAUAUAGUUGUCUGGAAGUUGGCCAACUUUCUUCCAGUUCUGAGAAACAGAACAAAAAUCUUCCUCUGUUUACUCUUUCUUUUGGUGCUGCGCCUACUUUCUUUUUCAGUUUGCAUCUUAAACUACUUAUGGAUUAUUGUGUUGCUCGCAUCAGCUUUCAGGAUCAUGACUCCAUUGAGAAUCCAGAAAGCUCUGGCAAUUUGUUGUUGGAUGAAAACUCUAAUAGAGAGGACUGUGUGAAAAAAAGUUUCGAAAGUUGUUUAGGAAAUUUUCUAAAGGCUUCAUCAAAGGUUGCUUCCGUCACUGAGUUAAUGACUCUUGAUCUCUCAGUUUCUAGUGAUGGUCGUUGGAGAAAGUCCUUGCAGAAGCAUGCAAAUAGUGAUCAAAUUGUAAAUGGAAGUCCUGCCAUCUAUCAUAAACCUGAAGAAGUUGGAGCCUCAGCCAUUGAUCAAUUAGAGAAGCAAAAAUGUGACUAUUCUGAGUCUCGGCAACCGUUUUUGUCGUCAAAGGUUGUUGAUGGUUGUAAGAAGGGUUCAGGGUCUAGUUCCGUUUUGAAUGGUAUUAGGGUUGAGCUUCCACCCUUUGAUCAAUAUAAAGUUCAUGUUGACAGCAAAUUACCCAGCACUCAACGGUCUACAGAUUUGACUUGGAAUAUGAAUGGUGGUGUUAUCCCAACUCCUAAUCCUACUGCUCCAAGAAGUUAUUGGCAUCGAAAUAGAAGUAGUUCAUCGAUUGGAUAUCAUGCCCAUAGAUGGUCAGAUGGAAAGGCUGAUUUCUUCCACAAUAAUUUUGGAAAUGGACCUAAGAAACCACGAACUCAGGUAUCAUAUUCAAUGCCCUUUGGAGGUUUAGAUUACAGUUCAAAGAAUAUAGGUGACCACCAGAGAGGUCUUCCUCACAAGCGAAUUAGGAGGGCAAAUGAGAAGAGAUCAUCUGAUGUUUCUAGAGGUUCUCAAAAAAACAUGGAGUUAGUAUCUUGUCAUGCAAAUUUGUUACUUACCCUUGGUGACAGAGGAUGGCGUGAAUGUGGAGCACAGGUUGCUCUAGAACGUAUUGAUCGUAAUGAAUGGAAGCUGGCUGUGAAAAUGUCAGGGUCAACAAGGUGCUCUUACAAGGCGCAUCAGUUUCUGCAGCCUGGAUCUACCAAUCGUUACACACAUGCUAUGAUGUGGAAAGGAGGAAAGGAUUGGAUCUUGGAGUUCACUGACAGGAGCCAGUGGGCUAUUUUCAAGGAUAUGCAUGAAGAGUGCUACAACCGAAACAUUCGUGCUGCUUCAGUUAAGAACAUACCUAUUCCUGGAGUUUGCUUGGUACAUGACUAUGAUGAAAAUGCAACUGAUGUGACAUUUGUUCGCAGUUCUUUCAAGUACUUGCGGCAGGUUGAAACUGAUGUCGAGAUGGCUUUGGAUCCAUCCCAUGUUUUUUAUGACAUGGAUACUGAUGAUGAACAGUGGAUUUCAGGAAUUCAUAGAUCUUCACAGAGUGAUGGUAGCUGCAGCACAUUGGAAUUUUCUGACGAAAUGUUUGAGAAGGUUAUGGACAUGUUUGAGAAGGCUGCAUAUACUCAACAGUGUGAUCAGUUUAAUUCUGAUGAAAUAGAAGAGCUCAUGGCUGGAGUUGGGUCCAUGGAAGUAAUCACAGCUGUCUAUGAGCAUUGGCGGGAGAAGAGGCAAAGAGUUGGAAUGCCUUUAAUUCGGCAUCUCCAGCCACCAUUGUGGGAAAGGUACGAACAGCAAGUGAGAGAGUGGGAGCUAACCAUGUCUAAAGUUAGCUCUAUUCCAUCCAAUGCCGUCGAGAAGCCACCCAUGUUUGCUUUCUGUCUGAAACCCCGUGGCUUGGAAGUUCCAAACAGAGGGUCAAAACAAAGAUCCCAGCGGAAAAUUUCAGUUUCUGGUCAAAUCAACCCUGCAUUGGGAGAUCAUGAAGGUUUCCAUUCUUUCGGCCGAAGAUCAAACGGGUUCCUAUUUGGGGAUGAAAAGGUUCUAUAUCCUCUGCAUAACUAUGAAUCUUUAGAAGAUUCCCCGCUAUUUCAGGCAUCGCCAAGAGUAUUUUCACAACUAGAUUCAGGUAUCAAGGGAUAUUUUAGGGAUGGAUUUGAUAAGCAUCAUCAUCAGAAACUUCGAAGAAGCGAGUCAAAGAAAAUUUGCACUUUUCUAUCACCAAACGAGUCCCAAAUGACGACUUCAUAUAGUCAGAGACUAAUUGGCAAGCGAAAUGGGAUUCAUCAGCAGAGCAUGGCCUUUUCAGAGUGGCCAAGCAUGCAUCAUUACUUCUCAGAUGGAUUACAAAGGCACGGCCCCAAACAGUUGGAUAACCCUGAUACCGACGAGUUCAGAUAUCGGGAUGCAGCUAGUGCAGCCCGGCACGCACUUAAAAUGGCCAAGUUCAAGAGAGAAAGAGCUCAGAGAUUGCUUUUCAGAGCAGAUCUAGCAAUUCACAAGGCCGUUGUUGCUUUCAUGACUGCAGAGGCAAUCAAAGCAUCUUCCGACAUUGUAAAUGGUGACGGGUAGAAUUAUCCAAUGAAAUAUGUGUCGAAAGAACAAAAUUUAGCCAGCACCACGCAGUUUCGGAAUUUGAAGAAUACCUAAACAACUGACAAUUUUUUCCCUGGAAUAGGAUCCGGUUUUUCCUUUCUCAGUGAUGAUGGCUUCAGGGAAAGUACUAACAGGAGAGCUGUGAGCGGUAACACUAUUUUUUUUGCUUCUGCUGUAUAUAUUGUGGCAGUUUUUCGUGCAACUUCAGUUCACAGCUCUUACGGCCGGUAAGUUUCUUUUAAAUCCCUGCAGCAAGGUUUACUCAGGUUGAGUCCGAUUGUUGUUCGAUCCUGAUGGUAAGGGGUGUACGGAAUUUUGACAGAGCCGAUCUUUGUAUAGAAUUUUUUUAACCCCUCCCCUCUUACUUUCUUUUGUUCCCCUUAGCCUUUGAUAUCAAUGUAGCAGGUGUGGGUCAAAUAAAAAAUACAGCACCACUGCAGAAUUAACACGAAAA